AUGCCGAAUGUUGCUGCCUUAAAGCUGGGGCCCAGUUUUCCCUUUAAUCAAGUGUCCUGGCCACCGAACGGCCUCCAGAUGCUGGACCAUUUGGCGCUGCAACAACAAAUCAAUGCAAAUUUCAUCUUACACGCGAUUACCAACUAUAAGAAAUCACCGUUCGAGCGCAAGACUCUGGACUUUAUUGACAAAAAGUGGCUGGCACUGCUUGGGCUGUGGCGCGAGUUCCGGUGUCGGGACAGGCAAAUACGACGUGACUACAUGAAUGUCGAGCCGCAGCACGGAUACUUUCAGCAGGAGCUGUACGCGCUCAUUCAUGAGAAAUAUAUGGCGGCCCGCAGUCGCAUGAGUCGCGACAAAAGAAAUCUGCUCAAGUGCAAAGCUUCCCAGGCGUAG